UUACUAAUUACAACUUUCAAGUAAAUUUUAAUAAUUCUCCACUUAUAUAUCACAUAUUUUGUGUUUAUUUAAAAAGAGCUGAAGCAUUGUAAUUUUCUAAUGGGCUAAAAUUGGCUAACGUGUUUUUAUUUUUGCGUGUGGAAAACUAAAGAGCCAUUUUCUACAGUUACUCUUGAAAUUGAAUCAUUCUUGUUUUGAUAAACGUCUUCAGACAAAAAAAAACAGCAUCGUCAGACAGUACCAGAAAAGAUACAGGGUUGAUGGUUUUCGAAAAAUAUCAUUAUUUGUUGGAUAAAAUCGAUAAUCAAUCAGUGCAUUUUUACUCAGCAUUUCCGUAUCGAAGUUCCGCCAAUGUGAAUUAAAUUUGGUGGGUGGUUUCCGAGUUGUUACUAUCGUUUUUGCUAUCGAAAGAAAAAGUGUUUCCUCCGAUUGGUGGGGGGUGGAAUGCUGCAAUAAUGGAGAAGGUCGAACUACUGAACGGAUCCUCCAGCUACAGUUCCGCGGGAGGAGAUCAAACCAAGUCGCUUAACUCGAUUGAGGCAGAUCGCAGCUUUGAAGAAUAUUGUGAUGAAAACAGCAGAUUGGUCGAACUAAAUAAUGGUUCCAGCUGUGCGGGGGGAAUUGAAGAAAUUGGCAGCUCGGGGGAGGAACCCCAGUCAGGAGGGAAGAAUAUUGCCUUCGUCCAGCCGAACAACCAUCGCAGGUCCGAUGAACCUACGGAGCUCAGUUUCGAAAAGUUUCCAGAAAAUCACGAAGAAAAGUUGAAACGUAUUCAAAUCGAAAACGCCUUGGACGACUCCCAUACGACACAAGACGAGUGGAGGAAGUUUGCGAAAUCAGAGUACGGACUAAUAAAUGAUGAUUUACGUCGCAAAGUGUGGCCCCUAUUAGUAGGUGUCGAUCCGAAAUUAGUGGACCCGGCUCCAUCACUCGAAGAACUGAACAGCCACCCGGAGUACAACCAAGUCGUACUGGAUGUGAAUCGUUCGUUGAAACGCUUUCCCCCCGGUAUUCCCUAUGAGCAGCGUGUCGCUCUGCAGGACCAGCUAACGGUACUAAUUCUGCGGGUCAUCAUCAAGUAUCCACAUCUGAAGUACUAUCAGGGCUACCACGAUGUAGCGAUCACGUUUCUUCUCGUCGUCGGAGAGGAAGUCGCCUUCCACGUGAUGGAGAUCCUGUCGACAAACCAUUUAGUCGAAUGCAUGCAAGAAACAAUGGAACCAACCCAACGGAGACUAAUGUUCAUCUACCCUCUGGUUAGGAGAGAAAGUGCAGCGCUUUGCGAUUAUUUAGAGCGAUCCACCGUGGGUACACUAUUCGCACUGCCCUGGUACCUGACAUGGUUCGGACACAGUCUGAACUCGUACCGGUCGGUGGUGCGGCUUUAUGACUAUUUCUUGGCCUCGGACUUUCUUCUGCCUAUAUACGUGACCUCGGCCAUCGUACUGUACAGACAGAAUGAGAUCUUCCAAGAGGACUGCGACAUGGCUUCACUGCACUGCUUACUGUCACAGCUACCGGAGGAUCUUCCAUUUGAAUAUCUUCUAAAAAAUGCUGCAGAGCUUUAUCGGAAGUAUCCGCCAAAAUUGAUCGAAAAGGAUGUGGAAAAUAUGAUUGCCAAGGAAAAACAGCAACGGCUCAAAGAAGAGCGCGAUCGCGAGCGACGAAAGGCGCACAGUGUGGCAAAACCGGGAGGAAAUUCAUUCAUUAACCGCAUGUUCCCGAAUCUGCCUCUGACCCGACGAUCGGUAUUUGUAACGACUGCAUUUUCCAUUCUGGUUGGCUUCUGUGCUUACUAUUACCGUGCACAUUUGAUGCCUCUUUCGGCAAUCAGAUGAGUCGAACUGUUCCGGCGGAUUCCGUCGUCUUUUACCGUCGUUACCGGACCGUUGGCCACAUACUGGGGAUGGGAUUGCUCGCCAAAGGCACUACAGUAAUCUAUUUUCUUACUGAGAUGAUGCUGAAAAACUCUGAGUUUUAGUUUCGUAGCGAUCAACGAUAAAUGGAUCGAUGUGCCGAAAGCCCUAAUCCAAAAUUUGUGUAAAUGUAUUUCAUAACAAAUGUGAUUUUUGUCCACCCUUAUCAUCGAAUAAAUUUCAUCGUCAUGGUACUGUAUUAUACGAAA